GAUUCGACACAUCUAUCUGAUACUACCACUAAUACUAUUACUACCACUGAUAUUAAUAAUAUUAAUAUUAAUUAGAACUUACAUGAAACUAAUAAUUAACAAUAAGAACUAGCAAACCUACUCUGCAAACUAAACUACAUUUAACACAAAAUGUUAAAACUAAAAAGGACUAAAAUAAAAUAAUCUACGUAAAAUACCAAACUGCGGAGUUCAUGUGUGAUACUAUUUUGUCUGUCUCUUACAGUAAGAUAUUACAUAGUUGUUAUAUGCUUGCACGAAUCCCGGGAUAACUAUAACUAACUAACAGAUAAACAGAUAAAUUAAGUGGAACCAAAGAGCGAUAUUCCACCAGACUCCAUUAGUUGGCAGCAAAGCAGCACAUGCGAUUAAACGCAGAGGAAGACCAGUGUCAGCUGAUGGAGCACAUCAGGUGCUGUUUACUCUGGACUUGUUUCUUCUGUCUGGUACCGUUUAUCCGCCCUCUUACCCCGGCAGGUGGCGAUGGCCCGGACCUAUCACUAACAUGUCGAUCACAUGAGCUCCUCUGCAGCCAGGAGUUCAGUUUAGGAGUGUAUCCGGACUAAAGAGAUGGCUCUGCUAAUGGAGCACCAAUUCAGACAGCUGCCAGCUGACAGACAAGUGGAAACAAGACCGUUUCUGGAAGCUGUGUCAUACCUUCCACCAUUCUUUGACUGCCUCGGCUCUACUAUUUUCGCACCGAUCAAGGCUGACAUAUCGGGUAACAUCACAAAAAUCAAGUCUGUUUAUGAUAGCAACCCCGGACGGUUCAAGACUCUCCAGCAGAUUUUGGAGGCAGAGAAGGACAUGCAUGGAGGAGAAUGGCCCAAAGUUGGAGCAACUUUGGCACUUAUGUGGCUAAAAAGGGGUCUAAAAUUCAUCCAAGUUUUCCUUCAGAGCCUGGUGGACGGUGAAAAGGACGAGAACAAUCCAAACCUUAUCCGAGUCAAUGUCACCAAAGCCUAUGAAAUAGCACUUAAAAGAUAUCACGGCUGGUUUGUGCAACAACUGUUCAAGGCGGCUCUUUUUGCUGCUCCGUAUAAGUCCGAUUUCCUGAGAGCCCUCUCCAAGGGUCGGGAUGUCAAGGAAGAGGACUGCUUGGAAAAAAUCAGAAAAUUUCUCAUCAACUUCUCUGCAACUGUUGAUGCUAUAUACGACAUGUACAAUAAGAUGAAUGCUGAUCUAGACUACACAGUGUGAAUGCAGGACUUCCCUGCGUUUUCCUCAGUGGGAGUGAUGUAAUCAUUAAGUCGUUUAUGUUCAGCAGCUCUGCAGUCCGCAUGUUUAAAAGACAGCUCACUGUGACAGAGCAUAAUAUUCACUUCCGGCUUUGCUGGUGAAUCUUUUCCUCAAUCUUAUUUGAUUCUGGGACGAGAAAUCCAAAUAUAGCUAUAAAGUAAAUAUUGUUUUUACAUAACAAUUGCAUUUCUUUACUCUGUGUUUGAACAUUCGUGUUGCAUUCAGGUUUUAAAUUAUUGUUGGGUGUUUAUAUCUAUUCUUAUGAGUACUCAGUACACAGAAAUGUGUUAGAACUAUACCAGGAAUCAAAGUUAACUUAACCAGACAGGACCAAGACGUUAAUGUGUGGGAUAUCUGAUGCUGACAUAUUUAAUCAGCCUGUAACAAGUCAUCACAAAAUAUAAGAUUAAUUAUGAAUUAGAAAGUUUCUAAUCACACGGAGGAAACAAUAUAAAUUGGGAAACGGUUUAAUUUUGCCAUUAUAAUGGGACUGUCAUGGUGUCAUGCUACCUUUAAGCAAUAUCUCUCUAACACAGGGCUCUAUGGUAGUUACACUGAAGUGACUACAGAGAGAGAAGAAUCCAUAUGUUUCAGCUUAUCCACCAAACACUGUCUGUGAUUGGAGUUAAACUUAAUCAUUACCUGCACUACAACCAGCAAUCACUAUCAUGACUUCCAGUAUUUAGGGCUCCUCUCUCUAUUCCUGCUCUACAUGAACAUUCUCUAUUGCACACACCUGUUUGUGCCUUAAGCUGGAGGUGCAGCUCAUUUAAGCGACUGUGUCAGCUUUUCUGUGUUUGAUUGUUUUUAUUGUUUUAUACGUCCGUCACUAUUAAAGGCAAAGUCUGCCUAACAUAUACUUAGCUGCUAUGCUAAGUUGUGCUGUCUUUCUAAAGCAGUGCUUCAUCAAUGUUUCUCAUUCUAAAGGUGCUUUUUACCCUUUAAGCAUAAUUUUAAAAAGCUUUUUCAUUGCAGUUUUUGACAUCUCUAAAGGAGUAAUUUCAAGUAAAUGUCAAAUGAUUGAUGAGUGUGGUGUGUCUUCUUGCAUUAUGUUGCAGUGUGUGUACUGUACAAGAAAACGAAUAUUGUUCUUUCAUAUUAUGUAUUAAAAAAAUGACAAUUUGUGUGAUUAUCAAUGAAAUUAUUUGUCUUCUUUAAUUUGUUCCCUAUCAUUGUGUAAUUAAUGUGUGUAAUUAAUGUGUGUAAUUAAUGUGUAUU